AUGGAGGCAGACGGACAGAUCGAGGCUGCAUCUGCAGUGAUGCUGAUGUUGCACCCGUCUGUCGUGGUGAAGCGGGAGCUGAGUGUGAAAGAGAAGCUUUCAAUUUAUUGGUCAAUCUACAUCCCUAUCCUCACAUAUGGUCACGAGCUUUGGGUAGUGACCGAGAGAUCGGGAUUGCGAAUGCAAGAAACAGAAAUGAGCUUCCUCCACAGGGUGGCUUGCCUCUACCUUAGAGAUAGGCUGAGGAGUGCAGCCAUUCAGAGUGGACAUGGCUCCAGUUCAGAGCUACAAGAUGGUGAUCAACAAAUAACCAAUGAGACCAUUAUCAGAGGUGAAAAUGCCUCCAGUGUAGAGACUCAGACUGACCAAGAGCUUCCAAAUAAAACCACUACCACAGAAGAGGAAGAGAAGAACCUCUGUAAUUUUCAAGCUAUUGCAGACCACCUGGAACUGCAAAAAGACAGUAUUAAAUACACCCUGAGCCGGCCUGUUAAAUACAACAAUAGAAGCACAGAAGUAUUCAUUUUCUUGAAUCUCUAUGCCAUUCUAGAUAUGAGAGAAAUCGACCAGACCUUCGUUUCUUACAUUUGGGUUAGUUUGAUGUGGAACAAUGAGCUCAUUUCCUGGAAUCCAGAUGAAUUCUGUGGAAUUAAAAAUAUAUCAAUUCCUAUUCAAUAUAUGUGGAUGCCAGAUAUAGUUAUUGAAGAGAUGACAGAGAAAGACAAAGCUGCACCAAGUCCUUACCUCUUCAUUCAUUCAGAAGGCGGGGUUUAUUAUAAGAAUGACCAGGUGGUGGUAAGCACCUGCAAGAUGCACGUUUACAAAUUCCCUUUCGACAUCCAGAGCUGCAACCUCUCCUUCAAGUCUGUCCUACAUGAUGAUUCAAGUAUAUUCUUAAGGCCCAAAGAAAAAAGUUUAAUGACACUGUGGUUUGAUAGCGAGAUGCAUACGCAGUACGAGUGGGUGUACAUCAACAUGACAAUCACAAUUGAUACUGCCUGUCAAUUUGGCUCCAACAAAACUAGAGUCAUUUACACUAUUUACAUGAAGAGGAGGUCUGUCCACUACCUUGCCAAUUUCAUUCUUCCAAUACUAUUUUUCUUGGUUCUGGAUUUGGCCUCCUUCCUGAUCUCAGACAGUGGGGGUGAGAAACUCAGCUUCAAGGUCACUGUCCUGCUCGCUGUCACAGUGAUGCAGCUUGUUCUCAAUGAUAUUCUGCCCAGCUCUUCAGACAGUAUUCCACUAAUAGUUGUCUACUGCAUUGGGAUUUUUGCUCUGAUGCUGCUCAGCGUCCUGGAGACGAUUUUGAUGAUGCAUCUGAUUGAGAAAGACUCUGCAGCCCAAGAUGAUGAGACAGAUGGAGAACGGAGCUUGGCUGAGAACUCUAGAGACAGACCCAACUUCCACAGCUGUUUUAGAGAGAUGAAGAGAUGUAAUCACUGUGCCUCUUCCUGUGAAGUAUCUGCUGAUGAAGAAACAUCUGUGUGUAUGUCAUCUGUGACCCAAAAGGAUAGCAGCAGUAAACUGACCGAAGUGUCCUCUGCUCUGGAGAAAGUUUCAGAUGAGUUGUGGGAGACUCGGAAAACAGUGACUCUGCUCAGCAGCAGCAGCAGGAAGCCCGGCUACUGGACCAGAAUGGUUAAAAAAAUCAACAAGAUUUUUGCCAUUUUUUAUUUGACAGUAGUCACUGUGUUUUUAACAAUCAUGGCUUCAUUGUGGGCCUUUGCUGAAGACGAUUAG